CCACGUGGAGACCACGCCCAUCAAUUAAUAAUCCCUUUCUUUCUUUUCCUCCCUCGCCUCGUGUGCAAAGAUGGCUGACACAGCUACUCUAAGAACAAGAAAAUUUAUGACAAAUAGGCUAUUGAAAAGACGUCAAAUGGUACUGGAUGUACUCCAUCCUGGGCGUCCUAAUGUACCAAAGAAAGAGCUAAGAGACCAGCUGGCUAACAUGUACAAGACAACGUCCGAUGUUGUCGUCUGUUUUGGUUUUAGAACUGCCUUUGGCGGUGGAAAGUCCUCGGGCUUUGCUCUUAUUUAUGAUAGUAUGGAUGCAUUGAAGAAAUUUGAACCUCGUUACAGACAGAUACGGCUGGGGCUGAUGGAGCCAAAGAAGGUGACCAGGAAGCAAAGGAAAGAACGAAAGAACAGACAAAAGAAAGUUAGAGGAACCAAAAAAUCCAAAGUUGGAUCUGGCAAAAAGUAACCAAGAAACUGAAAUAAAUGUUUUGAGAAUAUUAAUAAUUAUUAAUAAUAAAAAGGAA